AGAACAUUGCGCAGGAGGGUUACCGGUGCGGACGUCUGUGAUGAACCGAUAGUGAACGGCGGCGUUCCAACUAAAUCAAAGCGGGAUAAAUUAGAGAAGGUUUUUUUUUUUUGCUACACUUUCCCUGCUUAGGGCUUUGGACUCAGACCGAGUGAAAGGAAUAAAGCUUUAUUCGUCUUCAACGAUCAACUAUGGCGGACGACGAUUUCAAUGAUAUGGAUAUGGGAUACGAGGAUGAGCCGCCAGAGCCUGAGAUCGAAGAAGGAGCAGAGGAUGAUGUUGAUAACAAUAAUAAUGAGGAUGUUCCUGGGGAACCCAUUGAAACUGAGGAUAAAGAAGAACAGGAACCUGUGGAACAUCCUCGUAAAACAUCAAAAUAUAUGACAAAAUAUGAGCGUGCCAGAAUUUUGGGGACACGCGCUCUGCAGAUUAGCAUGAAUGCACCAGUAAUGGUUGAAUUGGAGGGUGAGACAGACCCACUUGAGAUUGCUAUGAAGGAACUCCGGCAGCGGAAAAUACCUUUCACCAUCCGUCGCUACCUCCCUGGUGGAAGUUACGAGGACUGGGGAGUAGAUGAACUGAUUGUGGAAGACUCGUGGAAGAGGCAAGUUGGAGGUGAUUGAUCAACUGGCAUUUUACCGUUGCAGUCUGUCCUUUGGUCGUUGCAAAGAUGGCUUGUAAAUGCGUUAUGUGAUGUAUGGCCGUAUCUUCAGAACUGUUAUGUAAAACACCGUCGUUUAACCAUCCACAUGCUUCCAGUUAUAUGGUCCGUAACUUUCUGCUAGUCCCUUGGAACAUGAAGCACAGUACAAUUGCUACUGUAUUUUAUCCUGGUUAACGCUGGCUGAAGUCAACAGCAUUAAGGCUGCAUCAGUAUGAUAUUAUUUUAAAUAAAUAUAUCAACAUAAAUUAUUAAAGAGA